CAAACGCACACACAAAAUGUCCCCCAUGAACUCCAUGAACAGUGAUGACCCACCAGCCUGCAGUCUGGCCGCGUGGUGGCGCUCUUGCUGUGUCCGCCCGAACAGGUGCGGUCUGGCUAUUUAACCGCGGGGUCGCUGGAUUCAUUUUGCUCUGAAACUGACAGCGCAGCGCACGAAAUCUCCAGUAAUGCGAUGCCAAAGCCGCUUUUUAAACUCCACGAGAGCGCUGUUUGAUCUGGUGGAACUUCUUCAACUCACCGCCGCUUCCUCAUCUUCACUUCGCACUUGAUGACAUUUUUCUGCGGGACUCAGCAUCUCCAUCCCUUACUCGGUCUUUUACACCCUUGAAAGUUUGAAUUCGUAAAAGUAGAGAUGAAUAACACCGGGUUCAACCAGACAGAGAGCGGACUGUUGAACAAGACCGAGGAGUUUUUUUGCUGCAACUUUUCAUCCGUGGUGACAGACAACGGCUUUGUGGCCGCCUCUCCGGAUGAGAGGAGCCUCUUCAUCAUGAGAGUGGUCCAGAUAGCCGUCAUGUGCGUGUUGUCCCUCACGGUCGUGUUUGGCAUAUUUUUCUUGGGCUGCAACCUUCUCAUAAAGUCGGAGGGGAUGAUAAACUUUUUGGUAACGGACAGAAGACCGUCAAAAGAAGCGGAGGCAGUAAUUGUUGGAGCUUUCUGAUAAAUGGGGACAUUUGCUUUACUGCUGAUGGAGUCAGAUGGGGGCAGCGGAAAGACAGCCCAAACGAGGCCAUGUUUUCAUGCUUGUACUGUUUAUUCAAAAGAAAAAUACAACACAAAGGAGCGGUCACCGUGUACCCUCCUGGUGACCGAGGCUCAAAGGUAUUCACCUUAUUUCUUGUGGCCUUUUUGAUGGCAACAUAGACUCAUUCGUCUUAAAGAGGUACAGUGUGCUGAAAGCCUCUUUUUGAUAUAUAAAGUAUUUAGUCCCGCACUGUUGUAAUUGAAGUAGUUGCCCCGUUUGUCAAGCAGCCUUUGUCAAGUUAGUGACAAAGUUUUUGUAAAUGCUGCUAAAAUAUGCCCUCUGGUAUUGCAAAGGCAAUGGAGGCGUGCAUGUUUAAAAUGUGUUAUAUGCUGUAUGUUUUGCCAUACAAAAAGCAACAUACUCAUAUUUGGUGGAUUUUCUAGUCAUAACUGUAUGGGUAAAUGGAAAAGCCCAACACGACG